AUGGACGCCGACGCCGCCGAAGCGCCCCCCCCCGCCGAACAAGACGCCGCGGCGGCCAAAGCGCGUCCCAAAGCGGACUCGGAGAGCAUGCCGCCGCCCCCUCCGAGGCUGAUGUCGAAGAAGGCGAGCGGCAACGGGGCGAAUGAGCGGGCGGACAGCGAGGCGAGGGCAGCCUGGGCAGGUCCCUGUGGGCAGCAGGCGGGCGAAACGGCGCAGGCCGCGGCGGGCCGCGCGCCGGCGCCCUACGCGCCACCGCAAUGGGGCGGAGCUCCAGAGGGGAUCCCUUACGCCCUAGAGGUUUUGAAGAAUGGCACCAUGUUGUCCCGGCACUCUGUCUCACAGAAGGGGCACUAUGUGUUUGGGAGAAGCCCCAGCGCAGACUUCGUGUUGGAACACCCCUCGGCAUCACGAUUUCACUGUGUUCUUCAGCACAACAGCCACUCCGGAGAGGCCUUCUUGCAUGACUGUGGCAGCACCCAUGGCACAUAUCUCAACAAGCAGCUGAUCAAGCCCUCUGUCUAUGUGCCUUUAAGGGUGGGAGACACAUUUCGAUUUGGCCAGAGCUCCCGACUGUACGUGUUGCAAGGGCCUCAGGAGCUGAUGCCUAAGGAGGGACUGAAUCGCUCUCAGAAGCUGCUAGCUGCCAAGCUUGCAGCUGCGCGGAAGCAACAGGAAAGGGAUGAGGAGAAAGCGUGCUCUCAAAUGAACGAGGUGAUCUCAGGCACGGCAAUGUGGGGCUUCAAGGAGGAUGCCCCCCAGGACGCCCAACAGGAGGAGACCAUGGACUGGAAGACAUACAGAGACCGACACGGCUUGACAGAGAAACAGCAGAAGGUUGCAGAGAAAAUAAGGAGCCGACAGUGGAAGAUCGACAACAUGAAGAAGGAAUGCCAGCGCAUCUCCAGCAAGUCGGCCUCUGGUGACCUCACUCCAGGCCAAGUCUCCACUCUGCAUCGUAAUGAGAGGCUCAUAGAGACACUGGAGGAGGAGAUAGAGGGCCUGGAAGAAACCCUGCAGGACUCAGUGCAGGAUGCGCUCAGAGACAAAACGGCAAAGGCAGGGCACAAGAGUGGCAAGCGCAAGCGUGCACAUGAGAGCGAUGAUGAGAGUGAUGACUCUGACGAAUUCUUUUACGACCUGACUCGGAAGCAUGCAAAGCGGGGCACACUAAACAAAAAGGACAGCAAGCCAAGCACCAUAACUGUGGAGCAGCUGCACACUGAACAAUUGGGGCUUUUGGGCCGACGGGAGGAGGUUCUAAAAGGGAUCCAGGUUGAGAAGGCGAAGUGCGAGCACAAAGAGGGAGUCCCAGACCAGAAGCCAGCAGACACAGCUGGCUUGGACUCAUUGGAUGCAUUUAUGUCACGGGUGGAGACGCAAGUCGAGGCAGAUAAGGUCACAUCACUGCAGAAGCAGCUUGAAGAAAUAGAGUCUGAGCUCGACAGGGUCAAGGGGCUCAUGCGCAUAGCCGACCCUGAUGGAUUCUACACAGGAAGACAGCCGAAAGCGGCAGCUGUGAAAGGAGCAAUGCAGGUGGAAGCAGGGCAGUGCAGACACAGUGUUGCAGUGGAGGGCGAUCCCCAAGCAGAAAAGACUGUUCAAGCUGCUGCUGUGGCAUCUGCAGCACCUACAGAAUCUUCCGUACCUUCGGCCCAGUCAGAAGUAUCUGAUGCUCCAGUGCCUACACAUCAGGUCACACAGCCAGCUGGAGCGCUCAUGGUGUCUGGUGGCGAGACUGGAGGGGUUGAGGUACCCCUACAAAGUCAUGAUAAUGGCACAGGAGUACUCACAGUCAGAGAACCAUCUGUGCCUGUUCUUCAGGCAAAACCUGUGAAGCUAGACAAAGCUCCGCACAUCUUGAAGACCAAACCGCUGGUGCGCGGGCCAAAAGGGCCUCCCACCCGCCCUCCUUCUUCGGACCCACAAGAAGAGGAAGGUCCCAUCGACUGGCAGCCGCCGAAGGGUCAGACGGGCGACGGGCGCACCAGCCUAAACGACAAAUUAGGGUACUGA